AUAUUAGAAAUGGUAUAUCUAAGAAGAAAGGGCAUCAUGGGUAACAUUUUUCAAGAUGGCGACGGCAGGUGUUGGAAAAGUUCUGAACAGUACAGACAAACAAACAAACAAAGCUGGUAAAGACAAGGAUGUCUGGGUCUGGAAAACCAGGACUGAGAAAGCCAGGAAGACAGAGGUGCUGAGAGAGAUUGACCAAAUGGAGCUGAAAAUCAAGAACCUGGAGCGAGAGAAGACAACCCAUCUGUACAGUAAACGUUCCGACUUCAGACAGCAGUUUUGUGAGCUGGAAGAUCUGGAGAUGAAGGGCAAUACAGACAGGAAGACAGAAAAGGUAAGACUCAGACAACAGCUGGACAAGAUGAGAGGAAUGGUGAAAAAGUUUCACAUACAGCUGAAGGAUGUCAAGCCCACUCCUGAAUUUUUGGAAAAGUUAAAGGUCACCAUGGAAGAGAUAGAAACCACCAUCAGUGCAUUUAAGGACCAGCGGAGAUUAGACUAUGAAGAGUUGCUGAGAGAUGAGAGGACGUUGACCCAAGAGGUCACUGCCCUUGAGAAGAAGAUGGACGCCUGGGCACAGGGUCCUGCGGGGGUUGCUAUGGAAACCAAAGGUGCUAAAACCAAAAACCUGUCUGUCAAAAACAAUGUCAUGAAGGAUCUUCCACCAGAAGUUGCUGCAUUUGAGAGAUUCUUGGCUCAAACUGGUGGGCAUCAAGGUGGAUGGGACGACUAUGAUCACCAGGCAUUCCUCAAAACUAGGACCAAGUUCAGGGGUAAGGCUGCCUUUCUUGACGAGGCUGUGCGUGCCUGCCCAGGGAGGACUAUAGGAAACGUAAGGCAGCACGAGAGUUGGUACCAGGAGUAUACAACGCUCAAGGAGAGAAAGAAGGAGGCCAUAGCCAACUGGAGAAAAAAGAAAGAGACAGAAAAAGAGGAUCUGCUGAAGCAGGCUGAUGAGGACAGCAGCAGUGAUGAUGAAGAGAUGCUGACAGCCAGGAGUAAACAGAUGGAGCAGGAGAGGGAGGAGAAGAGGAAACAGCUCAAUGCCUGGAAGGUGCAGAAAGAGCUACAAAGGGCCCAAGAUGAGGAAAGAAAAUUGAAGGAGGAACUCUCCAAAGCCAAGCAGCAAGAGAAGGAAAGAGAGAGACAGGCUGCAGUGAGAGCCCAGGUGGAGGAGUACAGGAGGCAGAGACAGGAGGAGGAGGAGGAGCAGAGGAGGGAGCAGGAGGAGAGACACAGGCAGGAGAGAGCCAGGAAACAGGUGAUGGGGGCAGAGGAGAUGUCCAGGUUCCAGGAAAGGGAUCAGAGAAUGGUAGAGGAAAAACUAGCUAAAGAAAAAGCUAGAGAGGAAGCUAUGAAGGAGAAAAACAAAAGGUUGGAAAGGCUUAAGGGUCAGGUGGAGGUGAAGGUUGAGAGAGACCGCAGCAGACUGUACCAGCCCACUGCACUGUGGAAACAGAGAAACAAGGAGAUCGGUCCCAGUGGGGGAGGGAGGGUGUUGCACAUGACACACAGAGCUGUUCCCAAUUGGAGACAAGGUGUGUAAGAUCCAUGCAGCAAGCAAGAAAAGCACACCAAGUUGCAGUGCUUGGGCUGUUUGAGUGUGGUUGUGCUUGUGUGAACAAGGCACCAUUGGAAUGAACACGGAGAUAAGGAAACAUUUGCUGCAAUACUAUCUAGUGAUAGCAGCCAAUCUCUUUAAGCCCCUGUCAUACAUUCAUGGCCUUCCCAUGGCUUUGCUCCCACGGCCACUCCCAACCAAGGUCAGCACUGGUUUGGGACUAGUUUGGAAUCCAGUCUACUCCAGAGUCCAGAUCCAGUUUGCUCGUAUGAUACUGUCCAGGAGUAUGACUUUCCCAAUUUCAAUCCUUUUAAAUGUAAAGUUGUCUGCAUCUUUUAAGCUAAGGGCACAACCCGCCGUACGUGCAAAUACGUGCUGUCUAUGUGCCAAAAUGUGGGCAAUCUUUUGGGAUCCGUAAGUGGUAAGUACCGCCUCCGUACAAACUCGUAGGGAAUCCAACAGAUUUUGGAACACGCAGACACGGCGUAGAACUUUAUGUGCAGGCAAAACUUUGUGUGCUUGCGCAACCGUGCGAGUGACGUGCAUUGACAUACUCCCUCCCUGCUCUUGCCAGUCGUUUCCCACAUUUUCAGAAAUAUGGGGCGGACGUGGCCUCCCAAAAGAAAGUAAGGACAAAUCGCACGUACGGCGGGAUGUGCCCUUAGCUUUGAGCAACCUUCCCCACCAGCUCCCUUGCUGACAGCCAAUGGUCAGUGUCACUGAUGAAAGAUAACAGAUGCUAUCUGAAACGUCGGGCCAUUUCCAAAAUCAUAUCCAGUUGCUUGAGUAAUAGCUUUUUGGCAAUGAUCUGAAGCGGGGUAUAGGGAGGCCAUGGUUGGCUGUGUGUGGCAGGGCCUUUGCUUAUAUUUCAUUGCAUCAGGUUGGCAUAUAGUUAUGUUACUGAUGAUCAGUAACCAAAAUAUAUGCUGAUAACAGCAAUCAUAACAUUGUUUGAUAUAAACAGAGGAUCUCAGGAAAAUGAUUAUGUUAUUUGUAAAAACAUUGUGCAAUAAAAUGUUUUACUGUGUACAUGUCUGUAAAUAUUGGUUGUUUUUGAUAGAAUUACAGAGGGAAAUACAUGUCAAAUAAAUUUUGUCAGACAAAGCCAUGAAAAUGUGCUAAAUAUACAAACAAUUGAACAGUUGAACCCAUUUUGACCUCCACAAAGCUGUUUCAUUGUCGAAUUUUAGUUAUGUUUGAGGGUUAUUUUAUGAUCACGUAAACUGAUUGUAAGGUUUUGUAAACCUUAGAUGUGGAAAUACGUGGUUUCUAAGAACAUGUCUCACUCACUUUUGUGAUAAAUGUCUCUUGUGCACGGGAUCUGUAUAGUUGACAUCAACAAAACAUAUCACUGUUACAUGUAAUAGUGUAUGAUACCGGUAUUUUUAGUGCACAUUGAUAAUUUGCUAGGUUUUUAUGGGAAAUUGUUGGUGUAGAAAGUGCACUUUCAGCUCUUUACUGUUGUUGGGUGUAGUUUUUUUUAAUAAAUUUUAUUGGAACGUGCCUUUUUUGUAUGUUUUGCAUCAUGUUUGAGAAGAAAUUGGGUCAUUUUGUAACCUCAAGCUCCCACAUGUCGAAGUAAAAUUGAUCGGUGCAUUUGUGAAAA